GAUGGGAGGAUCCAUCUAUAUUUCUAGUGAAAAAAUGUUAUUCUUACAGUCAAAUAAGCCAGUAAAACCAGAAAUAAUGAACGCUAUAAGAAAAUUGAACGAAAAUUAACAAAAAAAACGAAAUAUACUUACUGUUGUUGUCAAUAACAUACAUCGAAUUAUAUCGCUGAAAUAAAAUAUUUCUUAUCAAAAAAUAAAAAGUAAAAAAAAUGAAAUACUUCUUUAAAAUACUUAUUUUAAUAUAAAAAAUACUUUUGCUUUUUUACAAAAUUUAUCAACAAAAUUUACUCAAAUAUAAUAUUUGCAAUAUUUAAUUGAAUAAAAAAGGUUGCACUGAAAGCAAACGUAAUAAAAAAUGAAAUCUGAAUGGUACUAGUGAUCGACCUGUUACUUUAUCUACAAAAAUGGUAUUCUGGCUAGGCGGACCAGGUUUAGCGGGUGACGGAACUCACCAAAAGCAAAAUGUUGAGUGCUUUCAGACAAUAAAAUGUGGAACUGAGAACAUAAAUAACAGAAUUGGAGGGUGAGUUGGGGAAAGGGGGUGAGAGGAGAGAGGAGGGCGAGGCGGAGGAGAAAAAGUUGAAGAAAAAGUUGGAGGAAAAGAAAAUUCUCGAAAGCUAAAGGAGGAGCAAAGAUGGAAAGGAAGAAUAUAAAAUUGAAAUUCAGAACGAUUUUCUGCUAUUAUUUCUGAUUUGUCCCAACUAGUUGUCAGGCUAUGAGGUUCGAUCGCAAUCAAUUGGGAAACAAGUUUGGUUGAUUUUGGUUUAUUUUAAUAAAAGGUUUAAUGCUAUUAACGAAAGCAAGAAAGCAGUUACUCAUGGCUGCAUACCACUCAACCAUUCCUGAACUUAUUGCUUACAAUUGAAAAGUCAUAAAUUUCCAAUUUCUCUUUCGACCGGUUGUAUUUCUCCUUCUAAGUAACUUUUCAUUCGCUUAUUUUCUUGAUUUAAAAGCUUUUUUUUAUUAUUAUCUGCUAUAUUGGCAAAAUUUGACACAUUCUCUGAUUUGAAUUUGGACAUAUAAAAUGAACAUAAUUAUACAGUUUACAUCCACUAAUUAAAAAUUUCAAAUUUCAAGAAAAUUUCUGGCAUUGUCAAAUUUAUUUUGGGACUUUUGAUAAAAGUCGAAAAGCGGGAAUAUUGUUAAAAACUUGGAAAAUGAAGUUUUUUUUUGGCAAGUGAUUUUGAUAACGAAGAAAGUCCAUCGCUUACACAUUCGUUUAAAAAAUUAUCUUCUGGUAUCCAUUAUCAUGAGAAUUACUGUAGAAACCCAGGUCGAUGGCAUCGUGGCCCAUGGUGCUUUGUCGCGGUGCGUAUCUUUAAUUUACCUUCUGUGUCACCCUCAACUGAUAUUAGAGGUUCGAAUCUAUCUACUAUUUUUUUAUAAAUCAAUUUUUUACCUUAUAGCAUAUUAAAAAUAUCUAAGAGUUUAUCCAACUUAUUUUUCAAUUCAUUUGCGCGAACAUCCGUCCGAUAUAUCGACAAGACUUCGUUGUUAUCAAACAGGAGU